GGGACCGUCGAGGUCGUGGUCUCGCGCUGCCCCUCGGCGGCGAAGGUCCCCGCGGUGCUGGUCAGCGUGGGCUGCUAUGGAACGCUGGCCGAGACCUUGGGGGCGGCGGAGGGCCCCGGGUACGCGGCCGAGGGCUACGCCUACGUCAUCACGAGGGCCGUUGGCUCGCGAGAGGAGAUCGCAGACGCGGUCUUCACCCGCUGGCGCGCGGACCAGGCGGCGGUGCUGGACUGGCUGGGCGCGCAGCCCUGGUGCAACGGCCGGGUUGGCACGCACGGCUUCAGCCUGCUCAGCAAUUGUGCUUACGCGGCGCUCGCCGCCUCGCGCGACAAGAGCGCCCCGGACACGCGCGCCCAGGUGGUCGCGCUGGUGCCCGCGAUCUCCUUCUCCCGCAUCCAGCCGACGGUCUACCUGUGGGGCCAGGGGCUCGCCGCCGAGCUGGCGCUGCGGUUCCUGUGGCUGGCCGAGGUCGGGCUGCGCCCGAGCGACGGGGGCGGCUUCAGCCUGAAGGUCGCGUGGGGCACGUUCGCGUUCUUCGCGCUGGCCGAGUGGCCGGGGCUGCUGGGCGCCCUGGCAGGGCGGCCAGUGGCGGCGGCGGACCAGGCCAUGUGGGGGCGGCCGAACCGGCUCUGGCAGGAGGGCCAGGUCUGCCGGGAGCCCGACAGCCCGCUCUGGGCGGGGGGCGCCGACGUGCAGUGCGACCUGCUCUCGCUGGGGGCGCGCUGCCCGCCCAUCCACGGGCGGCGGAUCAUAGCCGGCUGGCACGACAUGUUCCUGCGGCAGAGCCUCGACGAUUUCGCAGCCGCGGCGCAAGCCAGCCAGGGGGCGGAGACGAGGGAUGGAGCCUGUGCUCGCGAGCAGGCGGAGUAA